AUGUCGAAACAGCCAAAUCCUCCUGCACCUGGUCCUGGCCAUGAACCUCCUACUAAAUGGUCUCGUAAGAUGGCAGGAUUUCGACUGGCCCGUCCUCAGCCUUCCAUCUCCCAACCUCCCUCUGCUUCCAGUUCUUUGUUGUUCGUCAUGACCACGUCGCCAGAGGAGGUUGGAGGUACCCCAUCAGCCAAGACUACUGCUAAAGCUAAAAGGAAAAGGUAUACAACAAACACUGAUCGACUGACCGAAUGGCUCAAAUUCAGGGAAACAUUCUUGGAUGAAGCAUUGCGGCAUGACGGACUGGGUGAUUUCCUCAGGCAUAUGAGCUGCUCAAAUUGCGGAAAGAAGGAUGGAACCAUCAAAUGCAAGGAUUGUGGAGACGGAGGUAUGUUAAAGUGCUUGGAUCGCACUGUUGAUGCGCACUGCAGACAUCCAUUGCACUGCAUUGAGAGAUGGAACAGUGCUUUUUUCGAGAAGGUGUCCCUUCAAAGCCUUGGUCUUUACUACCAACUUGGUCAUUCAGGAGUGCCAUGCCCUUGUCCUCAGCCUGGUCCUAAGAACUUCCUCAUCUUCGAUGUCUCCAGCCCUCAUUAUGUCACUAUCAACUACUGCCACUGCCAAGAUGAACCCUCGUCAAAUUGGGUACAAUUGUUGCGUGAAAGUUGGUUUCCUGCAACACUUCAACGUCUUCAAACCAUCUUCACUUUCCGGUGUCUGGAAACUUUCCACAAACUAACCCUCCAAGGGAAAACCAACCUUUACGACUACUAUCACACCCUUCUCCGACUAUCAGACAAUGCCAACCUAUCCGCUCCCAUCUACCAAUAUCCCGAGAUCCACCGAGUAUUUAGGAUGUGGCGAAACUUGAUGGCUCUCAAGCGAGCCAGUCGUGGUCAUGACCCAGAUGGCGUGAGUGGAACCUCGCAAGGUGGGCUCAUGGUUGAAUGUCCUGCAUGUCCGCACCCCGAACAAAACCUCCCUGAUGGAUGGGAAAGGGCUGGACCAUUGUUGUUUCUUUACGCACUUUUUAUCGCCGUGGAUGGCAACUUCAAACUCAAGGGCAAGGAACGAAACCUCAAGGACGUGGAGUUGAUGCCUGGAUGGGGAGCCUACGUCCUGGAGGACGAGUACCAGAAACACCUUGCGAAUUACAUUGGAAAGGGCAGAAGGGCUUCCCCAGCGUGUAGCUGA